GCGCGUCCCGGCGCCUGGGGCCCGUCAUAUAGCUGCUGGCCGAGGCGCUAGUGCGCUGGGGCAGCGCGCGGCUGGCGGGAGGGCAAGCAGGCAGGCGGGCGGGGCCGAGGCCCAGAGACCGGAGCGGCAGGCACCGGGGCGACCUGGAGCGGGGCGAGCACCAUGAGCAGCAAAUGCGACGUGGUCGUGGUGGGGGGCGGCAUCUCAGGUAUGGCAGCAGCCAAACUUCUGCAUGACUCUGGCCUGAAUGUGAUUGUUCUGGAAGCCCGGAACCGUGUGGGAGGCAGGACUUACACUCUUAGGAAUGAAAAGGUUAAAUAUGUAGACCUUGGAGGAUCCUAUGUUGGGCCAACCCAGAAUCGUAUCUUAAGAUUAGCCAAGGAGCUAGGAUUGGAGACCUACAAAGUGAAUGAAGUUGAGCGUCUGAUCCAUCAUGUAAAGGGCAAAUCAUACCCCUUCAGGGGCCCAUUCCCACCUGUGUGGAAUCCAAUUGUCUACCUAGAUCAUAACAACCUUUGGAGGAUGAUGGAUGCCAUGGGGCAGGAGAUUCCCAGUGAUGCCCCAUGGAAGGCGCCCCUUGCAGAAGAGUGGGACCGCAUGACCAUGAAGGAGCUGCUGGACAAGAUCUGCUGGACUAAGUCUGCGAAGCAGCUUGCCACUCUCUUUGUGAACCUGUGUGUCACUGCAGAGACCCAUGAAGUCUCCGCUCUCUGGUUCCUGUGGUACGUGAAGCAGUGUGGAGGCACGACCAGAAUCAUCUCAACAACCAAUGGAGGGCAGGAGAGGAAAUUUGUGGGUGGAUCUGGUCAAGUGAGCGAGCGGAUCAUGGAGCUUCUCGGGGACCAAGUGAAGCUGGAGAGGCCUGUGAUCAGCAUUGACCACACAGGAGAAAAUGUCCUUAUGAAGACCCUAAACCAUGAGAUAUAUGAGGCUAAAUAUGUGAUUAGCGCUGUUCCUCCUACUUUGGGUAUGAAGAUUCACUUCAAUCCCCCUCUGCCAAUGAUGAGAAACCAGCUGAUCACUCGUGUGCCUUUGGGUUCAGUCAUCAAGUGUAUAGUCUAUUAUAAAGAGCCCUUCUGGAGGAAAAAGGAUUACUGUGGAACCAUGAUUAUUGAAGGAGAGGAAGCUCCAAUUUCCUACACGUUGGAUGAUACCAAACCUGAUGGGAACUAUGCUGCUAUAAUGGGGAUGAAAAAACUUUGUGAGCUCUAUGCGAAAGUUCUGGGCUCCCAGGAAGCUCUGAAGAAGCUGAGGAAAUUGACCAGCUUUGGUCUUUGUGGGAAAGCUCUUCUCUGGCUCUCUGAGACUGACCACUUUUACCUCUUUGCUUUUGUUUCAAGGGUACUACGCCAACCAGUGGGCAGGAUUUAUUUCGCAGGCACGGAGACUGCCACACACUGGAGUGGCUACAUGGAGGGGGCUGUGGAGGCCGGGGAGAGAGCGGCCCGAGAGGUCCUGCAUGCCAUGGGGAAGAUUCCAGAGGAUGAAAUCUGGCAGUCAGAACCAGAGUCUGUGGAUGUCCCUGCGCAACCCAUCACUACGACCUUCUUGGAGAGACAUUUGCCCUCCGUGCCAGGCCUGCUGAAGCUCAUUGGAUUGACCACCAUCUUUUCAGCAGUGGCUCUCAGCUUCCUGGCGCACAAAAAGGGGCUGCUUGUGCGAAUCUAGACAGAGGGUGUCUGUAACCACACCCUCUUCUUACUGUAUUUUGGGGUGUGGGUUUGGGUAAGGGGUUGCAAUAAAGUUACACAAAGACAUAAAGAAUGUGGAGUGAGGUGGGGAGCACAAAGUUAGGUCCGAUUCUGACUGCAGGAAACACAUUCUCUCUUUCUCCACUGUGGCCCGAGGUUAGGGUCCUUCACUUGGCUUAGUACUCUGUUUCACCAAUUUCUGAGUUUAUUGCCCUCACAAUCUUUAGAAUAGUUAAAUAGGCUUAAGUUCCUUGCUGUCGUACAACACACCUUGCCCAUGCACAAGCAAUUAGUUUUUUCCUACCUCUGUGGCUUUGUGCUUGUACUUUCACUUUCCUGUAAUAUUCUCACUUCUCCCAGUUUUCUGUGUUAGUUUUUAGAAUCCUGUUUUGUUAUAGCUGGAAGACCUUAGAGACCAUCUAGUCCUCACCUUCUGUUUUAGAGUUGAGCAAACUGAAGUUUACAGAGGUGGAGCUUAAUUGCUCAAGGGCCAUAAUAAGCCACUGGUAUCUUGGAGACUAGAACACAGGUCCAAUGCUUUUCCACCUCCCAGUAUGUAUUCCCCAAUUGCCCCCCUCCACUCCCUGUCAUAGUCAAUGAUGAUGUCCCCUUGUGUGAGUUUACUCUGUGCUGAGCUGUCUUGCCCUACUCAAAUGCUACUCAGUAAAUAUCCUUAAGUCUUACUGUCUUGCACAGUGUGUAUACAGUUGAUUUUAAUUUUUUGAGGGUAAGAAUCUUGUCUUUUUUUCCUUUGGUAUCUUCCAUAUGUCUCAAUACAAAGGUCAGUACACACUUGCGAAAUUAAAAAUAAAGUUGGUUGAGCAGA